UCUUUGAUUUUAUUCACUUCUGUUUGCUUGUAUUUCGGCUGGUUUUGGUUCGAAUUAACUUAAAAUGUCGCAUAAAAGACCUUUAAAGCGCAGCAUAAAUACUUUAGACGAUACGAGUUGUGAUUAUUCUCCCUCGUUGAAGUCAUCACUGUCCAAACGUUCAAGAAUUGAAGAAUACAUUGAGCAAACAAAGACACAGGACGGUGAGUCGUCUGUAAGAAGAUCAUCAAGAGCUCCAAAACCCAAGGUAUUCGAUGAUGAUUAUACAGACAUAAGUGUGCGAUCUCCGGGAUCUGAACGUGAAAUUCCAAAGAAAAAAGAAUCAAAGUCUAUAUCUCGAAACCAAGGAGAAAGGAGAAGUAUAGAUGAUGUUUUGGGCAUUGUUGAUGAUGAAGAUUCAUCAGCUUCUACAAAAAGAAGGUCCUCGCGAGUUCCAAAACCAAAAUUGUUUGACGAAGACUACGUUGAAACCGCAAGUUUUAGGGGAAUUGAUGACAAGAAAGAGAAAAAUAUGUCUGUUGCCACAGAAAUUAGGGUUUCACGAGAUUCGCCAAAAGAUAGCACCUUCCAAAAAGGGUCAGCAAAGUUUAAAAAGACUGGUAGUAGUAGUAAACGUGGAAAGGCUAACGCUACUGCUACGCCAGGACAGGGAAAGCCCAGCAUACAGGAUAAUAGUCCCUUAGAACUGCAAUCACAGCAAGCCAUGAAGGGGAAUGAAGGACUAGGGGCUUGGUAUUCACCAAAAGUAAGAACUUCAUCAAGGACCCCUGUGCCUAAGAAAACCUUUACCCUCAUUGAUGAAAGCCCUGUCUCUAGACUCGGAGAAAGCCUGUUUGAUGGAGGAGACUUGUAUGUGGAUGUCAUGACACAGGAACCCCAUGUAGCAAAACAGAGCAAAAAGAUGAGCUUAGGUCAUAGUGAUUCUAGUUCUGCAUCUGGUGAAAUAAUUGAUAUAAUUGGUACCUCGCCUGUUAGUAGCAAAAUGAAAUGGACUUCCAAGGACACUGGUUCUGAUGGAGGGAAGAAUAAGAAGUCCAAGAAAUCCAAGAAAGCAUUAGAUUCUCCCACAGUUCUUAAGAAUAUUGUGACUGCAGAUGUUCCAAAGAAGAGUGAAACAAAUAAGAAAGAAAGUGAAAUGAGAAGUGAAACCAAAGAAAAGGUAAAAAAAGUGUCUUCUAAAGCUGCAAAGAAAACUAGUGAUAGUAAGGUCGAUUCAAAAAAACGUACUGCAAAGAGCAAAACCAAUGAUAGCAGUGAAGACAUGGUUAAUGUGGUUGGUGUACAGCAGGUAGCAGUGAAAAAGAAAACAAAAAAGAAAAAAUUGGAAUUUGAGCAAAGUGGAUUGUCACAUGUAUCUUCUGAGGGUACGAAAAGUACAGCAAGUUUGAGUUCAUCAGCUAGUGAACAUGGAAAAAAGACCUCAAAACACUCAAAGCCAAAGCACAAGAAUGAACCACAUAGUGAAGUGAAGGACGAAGACCAUCAUAUUAUCCUGAAAGUACACCUUCCACACGGCGAAGCACCGCACCAUUCUCAUCACUCUCAUUCUCAUAAAAAACAUAAACACAAACAUUCCACCUCAGAAAGCAAAAGUGAAAGUAGUAGUGAGACUAAGAUAAAGAAACAAAAAUUAUCACUUGAGUUAGAAGGAUCAACCUCUGAAGACAAACACAAGAAAAAACUGUCAAUCAAAUUUAAGGGUCUGUCAAGCAGCACACCAGGUGUUGAAUUCCAAGGAGCUGAAAAAACAGUUGAAAAGGAAGUUAAGAAAAAUAAAGAUGCGGACAAUGCAAUAAAAAAGAAAAAAUCUAAGAAUCCAUUACCUGAUAAACCUCUAAUAGCUACUGGGUCAGAUGAAAAAGAACAUGUUAAAGUGGUGAUUAAGAAGAAUAAGAAGGAUGUGAAAGUUUUAACAGAUGAAGAUAAGAAAACCACCCAAAAAAUAACUACGAUGAAAGAUGUUAAAGAGAAGGCAAAGGAAGAUAAAGCUCAUGACAAAGCUGAAACUCCUAUCAAAACCACUCCUAAGAAGAAAGCUAAGGCUGGCGAAUCUCCAAAAUCAGCAGAUAAGGAAAAACGCAAAAUAGUCUCUGGCUAUCUCCUAUUCUGUAAGAAAGAAAGAUCUCGAAUAUAUGAAGCUAACCCUGGUCUUGAGUUUGCACAGAUAAGUCAGAAAGUAGGAGAAGCCUGGAAAAGCUUACCAGAAUCUACUAAGCAGGAAUGGAAAGCAAAAGCUGAUGAUAUCAAAAAGAAUUAUUUGGCAGUCCCAAAGGAUGAAACUGCAAAGCCUGGACCAGAUGCAGUAGAUAUGGCAGCUCAUCUCAAACUACUUGGGGAAUCCCUAAGUGUUAUAGGGCUCAGUCUAAUGGCACAGAAAGAAACUGAGGUCCAUGGUUCUUUGUCAGUCCUUUUGGAUUCCAUUUUAUGUGCUAUUUGUCCUUUGACGUUCUUGACAUCGCAUAUUCCAGGAAUUUCUGGUAUUUCUAAGGAGAAACAGACACAGAUACUUGAUGACCUGGCUUACACUAUGCCUGGCCUUGGAUAAAUCAACGAGAGUUCAUGCUACUUUGAUUCAAGUCACAUGGCAUCUAGGUCCUACACUAGCACUGAUCAAUUUGACCACCCAGUAUCUGGUCAAGUAUAGUAUGUGUAAUGAGGUCCUACACUAUAUGUAGAAACACUGAUCAGCCUGACCACCCAGUAUCUGGUUAUGUAUAGUAUGUGUAAUGAGGUCCUACACUAUAUGUAGAAGCACUGAUCAGCCUGACCACCCAGUAUCUGGUCAUGUAUAGUAUGUGUAAUGAGGUCCCAUACUAUAUGUAGAAGCAUUGAUCAGCCUGACCACCCAGUAUCUGGUCAUGUAUAGUAUGUGUAAUGAGGUCCCACACUAUAUAUAGAAGCACUGAUCAGCCUGAC